AUGGAUGAGUGGGGCGGUGCCAUUGGGCGGGCCGCGAGCGCGGAAGGAGGAAGGGGAGGGGAAGGGCCCACGAUUCGCAUCCUUUACCACCUUCGCCGUGGUUCCUUCGUCGUCUUGGGCGUCUACGCGGCGGCGUUGUUCUACCAGAUUGGGGGGUUUCGCCGCAUCCUCCCACGUCGCCUGCAGGGGGCCCUCGAGGCCGUUGUGGCGGCCAUUCGCGCGCGGACGGAGCCGAUCGGCAACCCUUCCCGCUUCGCCGCCACCCGACGGCAUCUCCUGCGCGUCUACGGCCUCGUGGCUUCCGGGGUGAUCGCGUGGGGAGCGGGGGCGGUGCUUUUCCGGAAGCUUCCUCACUUUCCCAUCGCGCUGGCGAUCGCCACGACGGGGAUUCCCGCGGCGGUGGUGCUCGCGAUUCCGCGAAGGGUUCUCCCCCCUGCUGGGCGCUUUUUUUCUUUUUAUUUGUCGUUGUUAUCAGCCGGGUAUGCGAUGGGGCCCAUGGCGUGGGUGGCGCAGGAUACGCUGCUCGUGUUUGUGUUGUUCUCCGGGUUCACCCUGCUGGGGCUGUGCGUUCCGCUUUUCCUAACGCGUGGGAUGGUGAGCUACGUGGUGAGUGCGCAAGUCCUCUCUGCUGCGCUUUCUCUCUGCCUCGUGACGACACCCAAGGGGCGGACGGGGUUCGCGCCUUUUAGGGAGUUCAAAAAACACGCAGGGAUGCAGCUUAUUUUAAAUGGGGAUGUCAAUGUGUUGUUGACAUUGCAGCUGGCGAUGAAUAUGGGCAUCUGUGUGCUGCACACCCUCCCUACGAUCCAUCGUUUCAUCUCUUGGAAGGGGAGUCUUGCCGAGCUCGAGGCGUCGACCGAUGCGCUCAAGGAGGCGGCGUGUAUUUGUGCGGCAUGGAACUACCUGGCAUAUCGGUUCGUACGCUCAUUGGUGCGAUUCCUUAUUCGCUACGUGCUUGGCAAACAUGUAACCGAUUCUCGGCCAAGGGGCCGUGGUUCGUGGCUAAGAAUGUCGGAUUCGACGGGGUUGAUGAGCGUGACCAACGUGAGUGGUGCGGCGUCUGGAUUUGUUAUGCUUUUGGGGUAUGUGAGGGUGGUAUCUCUACUGCAACGUGGCGAUCUGGAGGCGACGUUGGAGCGCGUUCGUGGGAUCUGUGCAAAGUACUCUCCAAUUGGUGUACUUCUGGAUAGCAACAGCGCAUUUGUGGCCGACUCUGCUAUGCCGAACAAGACAGAGGAGACCCAUUCAUUUUUAUUUUCGGCUUAA